UUAAAAAUGGACAGCACAAAGCAGACUCCAGUAAAAUACUAUGUUGGAAUUGAUGUUGGGUCAGCAAGCGUUCGCGCGGCUUUGGUAGACGGGUUUGGGACAGUAGUGGCACAUGCAGAUCAGCCAAUCCAAAUUUGGGAGCCCCGGCCAGACCACUACGAGCAAUCCUCUGCAGACAUAUGGGCUGCCUGUUGCUCCGUCACAAAGAAAGUUGUCUGUGGAGUAGAUGCCAACCAGAUUCGAGGGGUUGGUUUUGAUGCUACAUGUUCCCUUGUUGUUGUGGAUAAACAGUUCCAACCUUUGGCAGUCAACUGUGAAGGACAAAACUAUAGGAAUAUUAUUAUGUGGAUGGACCAUCGUGCAGUCAGUCAAGUUGAGCGCAUCAAUGCAACGCAACACAGGGUUUUGAGCUAUGUAGGAGGAGUGAUGUCUGUGGAAAUGCAACCACCUAAAUUGCUGUGGAUAAAGGAAAACUUGCAAGAAUCAUGCUGGGAGAAGGCAGGCUACUUCUUUGAUCUUCCAGAUUUCUUAUCUUGGAAAGCCACAGGUGUCACUGCAAGGUCCCUUUGUACGGUAGUGUGUAAGUGGACCUACACUUCAGAUGGAGGUUGGGAUGACAGUUUCUGGAAAAUGAUUGGUUUGGAAGAUUUGGUGAAGGAAAAGUACGAAAGAAUAGGAAACCACGUCUUGUCUCCUGGAGAGUCUGUUGGAAAAGGUCUAACGCCAGAAGCUGCAAAAGAUCUUGGUCUCCCCAAAGGCAUUGCAGUAGCAGCAUCUCUCAUUGAUGCACAUGCUGGAGGACUAGGAGUAAUUGGAGCAGAUGUGAAGGGACACAACCUGCCAUGUGAGAACCAGCCAAUUACAUCCCGAGUUGCUAUGAUCUGUGGAACAUCUUCAUGCCACAUGGGGGUCAGUGAAACACCCAUUUUUGUGCCUGGUGUUUGGGGACCUUAUUUCUCUGCAAUGGUACCUGGAUUGUGGUUGAACGAAGGAGGUCAAAGUGCUACAGGGAAACUGAUAGAUCAUGUGGUCCGCAGCCAUGUCGCCUUCCCGGAAUUACAGUCAAAAGCUGCAGCCAGUGCUCACAGUAUAUAUACAUACUUGAACAGUCACCUGGAUCUGAUUAAGAAAUCUUUGCCUGUGGGUUUCCUCACUGUUGAUUUACAUGUUUGGCCAGAUUUCCAUGGUAACAGAUCUCCCUUAACAGAUCUGACACUAAAGGGCAUGGUUGUUGGACUAACAUUGUCGCGGGGUCUGGAUGAACUUGCCCUUAUCUACUUGGCCACGAUUCAAGCCAUUGCUUUAGGAACAAGACAUAUUUUGGAAACUAUGGAGGCUGCAGGGCAUCAUAUCAACACGCUGUUUCUGUGUGGUGGGCUGAGCAAGAACACUCUCUUUGUGCAGAUGCACGCUGACAUUACUGGCAAGCCGGUUGUCCUGUCCAAAGAAGUGGAGUCUGUUUUGGUGGGUGCUGCUAUUCUUGGAGCUUGUGCUUCUGGGGAUUUUGCAUCUAUACAGGAGGCCAUGGAGAAAAUGGGGAAAAUUGGGAGAGUCGUGCAGCCCAACCAUGAGCAUAAAAGGUAA